CUGGUAGCUCGCUAGCAUUCAAUGCUAACGCUUAAUCUUAUUUAAACUACCUCUAGUACAACAACGGUUUAGUCUUACAUCUGGUGUCUUACCUAACGUACAUUAAUACAUAAUGCAUGUUUCGGUAAAUUAGUCUUUUUGUCGGUUUUCUGUAUUUACGAACACAACGUUCUACACGCAAUGGGACUCUAUAACAGCUCAUCACGUUAAGUUACGUGAUGCAGGCCGCAUACAAGCAUAAAAUCUCCAUGGCUACCUCCUGUGCACAUCUGUGUCUACAAUGCAGAAGCCUUCUUUGCUCCAAGAAAGUGGCUAGUACCUGGCAGUAUUACACCCACGUUCGCCAUUGCAUUAGAGUUACACAGGUACCCACCAAAAUACUAGAUGGAUCCUCAAUUGUUAAGGGGACCCACAAAACAAAUCCGGCAAAACAAAUGCAGAAACAACAGGUGUUCUGCUAUAGCGACUUCGCUGCCAAACAUCUGGCAACGGGGGCAGAGGAAAACAAGGAUGUUGAGGAAACAUCUUGUGCUGAUGUUGUAGCAUUCAAGAGCCCCAUGUUGCCAAUCAGGGAUGCUGUGCUGGAAAGCCAGGUGUCAUUAGAUUUGGAUGCAGCUGCUGAGUUUUCAGCAUUUGAGGUGAUCAGUGAUGAAGAGGCUGUCCGUAUAUCUGUUCCUUCCGCCAUGCCUCCUGCCUCCACCUCUCUUCGAGACUAUGUUGACCAUUCUGAGACCCUCAGCAAACUGGUCCAGUUAGGUGUUAACCUGUGGAAGAUUGAACAAAGGCCCAACGUGGGGUCAAUGCUACUGAGGCUCAACUUCAACGCAGAUGUGGCCCCAAGGCUGCUGUUCCUCAAAGAGAUUGGGGUGGAGGACUCUCGCUUUGGCUAUAUCAUAACGCGGAACCCCUUCAUUCUCACUGAGAGUUUGGAAAACCUACAGUCCAGGGUGAAUUAUCUCAAGUCAAAGAAGUUCAGUUCUGAGACCGUUGCAUCGAUGGUAUCCAGAGCUCCAUAUCUGCUUAACUUCAGUGUGAAGAGGCUGGACAACAGACUGGGGUUCUAUCAGCAGCAACUCAAACUCAGUGACUCUAAUACACGGAACAUUGUAGCUCGUCUACCAAGAUUACUGUGUGGCAGUUUGGAGCCUGUUAAAGAAAAUUUAAAGGUGUGCGAGAUGGAGCUUGGCUUUAAGGAAAAUGAGAUUCAACACAUUGUCAUUGCCGUCCCAAAAGUGCUGACUGCCGAUAAAAGGAAGCUAACAAAAAUAUUUGACUUCCUCCACAAUAUCAUGAAGUUGCCCCACAACUUGAUUGCCAAGUUCCCACAGGUCUUCAACUCCAAAUACUUGCGUAUAAGAGAGCGCCACAUGUUCCUUGACUACCUUGGAAAAGCUCAGUAUGAUCCAACUCUGCCAAACUACAUCUCCCUGGACCGCCUGGUGUCGUUGCCUGAUGAGCCUUUUUGUAAUGAGUUAGCUUUGGCCACACUGGAAGAUUUUUAUUUGUUCCAAAAGACACUUUGAUUCCUCAUGAUAGGACCUUAUCAAGGACUUUAGAAAGCUAGGGCUCAAGCACACAGAAUGAAUACUAUAAUGUCCGACACAUGUAGAGAUUGAAGUUGUUAACAAACCGUCUUAAGUUUAAAUUGCAAUGUUUGCUUUGUAAUGUGAUUUUUAAUAAAUGCUUAGGAUUUAUAUCUGCUGUUCUGAUUGAAAUACUGCUUGUAUAGUAAGUGAUCUAUUAAAAAAUAUCCUAAAUGUGAUAAUAAAAACAUAAUAAAAUGGUUUACACUG